AUGCAUCACAACUUCAGUGUUUUUAGGCGAUUGUUCACAACUUCGCGUUCUUGCCUGAGCCAUGACAAUCCUUUAGGUCUCCCUCGCUCCGGCACACCUCCAAGUUUUCCUCGCCGUCGUGGCUUGCCCGAAAAGCGGAGGAUUCGAGAUGUCAAGAAGGUAGUAGCGGUCUCCUCUGCGAAAGGUGGCGUGGGGAAAUCAACCGUUGCCGGUUCGUAUCAUCCGAAUCAUCCAUGCGAUCAAGAUAGAUCAGACAAGCACUUGGUCUCUUUAAACCUUGCGCUUUCAUUUGCUCGCCGGGGAAUCAAAACAGGAAUUUUGGACACUGAUAUUUUCGGCCCAUCAAUUCCAACAUUACUCAAUCUAUCUGGCGAGCCGCGUCUUGAUGAACACAAUUGCCUUGUCCCUCUCACAAAUUAUGGACUCAAGUCAAUGUCCAUGGGCUAUCUUCUUCCUCAAACGCAAACAGAUAGCACCACAGGUGAAGUACCCAUGGACACAACGCCGAUCACCUGGCGCGGUCUCAUGGUCACCAAGGCCAUGCACCAGCUCCUCCAUUCGGUCUCCUGGGGGCCUCUGGAUGUCCUUGUGAUGGACCUUCCGCCAGGCACUGGUGACGUUCAGCUCACUAUCAAUCAAGAGAUCAUCAUUGACGGAGCCGUCAUCGUAACGACCCCGCAGGAUAUUGCUCUUCGAGACGCGGUGCGCGGUUUCGGCAUGUUUGAGCGCAUGAACGUCCCUGUCCUUGGCAUGGUGCGGAAUAUGGCCUACUUUGCAUGCCCCAACUGCGGCCAUCAAACUCGCAUUUUUUCUCACGGGGAAGACCACCAUCCCCAUUCGCAUAGAGUGGACCGAGGAGUGUUGGCCGAGUGUAAGCGACUUGGAGUCGACUUCCUAGGCGAUAUUCCUCUGGAUGCUCAAGUUUGUGAGGACGCGGAUCGUGGAAAGCCGACUGUGGUAGCUGAGGAAUCUGCUGAGCAAAGUGCUCGUCGCCAAGCUUUCCUUGAUGUCGCCGAGCAAGUCGCUGGAAAGAUUGGGUUGAAAUGGUAG